AUGAAGGAAGUAAAGAAAGACAAUGUCGCAAAUUUCAUUCGUAUCCAAAUCAUUUAUCGAUAUGGUGUUCAGCGACAUAUCAUAACUGAUAAUGGCAAGUCAUUUUGCAAUAGCCACAGAAACAGUUUAUGUGCAAAGUUUGGGUUCAAACAGUAUAACUUAUCCAUGUACAAUGCGAUAGUUAACGGAUUAGCAGAUGCGUUUAAUAAAAUGCUAUGCAAUCUACUGAAAAAGGUUGUCUCCAAAUCAAAAAGAGAUCGGCAUGAAAAAAUUGGUGAAGUCUUAGGGGCUUAUCGAACUACUUAUCAGACUCCAACACAAGCCACUCCUUACGCCUUAGUAUAUGGGGUGGAAGCUGUACUUCCUCUAGAAUGUCAAAUCCCGUUACUUCGAAUUGCCAUCCAAAAAUGUUUGACAAUUGAAGAAAAUGCUCAUCUUCGAUUAGGAGAGCUAGAAGCUUUAGAUGAGAAGAUGUUAGAAGCACAAAUACACUUUAAGUGCUAUCAAGCUAGAAUGGCUAAGUUCUUCAACAAAAAGGUGCGACCAAGAUCAUUUCAAGGUGGAGAUUUGGUACCUUCCGUGCGCAGGCCAGUCAUUCUCACAAGAAAAACAGGGGGCAAGUUCUAG